AUAAGGCGGUGUCAGUGGGCGAGAAGCGAUCAGUUUGCUACGACGCUUCGGGUGUGCAGUGGCUCGAUAGUUUGGUGCAUUAUCAAAAGAGCUAACUCCAAGCUCCACCCCCCCCCCCGUACUCACUCGCUUGCUAGUCCAUCCCACCCGCGGAUCCUCACUCCCGACAGAGCAAACGUGCCCUUGUGGAGUUUACUGAGCAACAAGCAAAGCUCACCCGGACACCCGUCCCGGCAUCGCCACCGGGAGAAUGACCGAGCUGAUGAUGAGCCAAUCCGCCAUGGAAGACCUGAGCUUCAAGACUCGCGAUGCGCGCCUGCCGUUCCAGAUCUUCCCGGACCCGUACGACACGUACGAUGGUUACUGCCUAAGCACCAAGGGCCGCCUGCCCUCCAUCGUGGUGGAGCCCAUCGACGGCGGCGAGGUGGAGAGCGGCGAGCUGCGCUGGCCGCCCGAGGGCAUGCUGCUGUCCGAGGAGGAGUACGAGGAGGAGGAGGAAGAGGAGGAAGAGGAGGACGCCUUCCCCUCGGCCAGGGACGACCUCGCCAGGGACAUGGACCAGGACGCGGCCACCGCGGCGGCCAGGGCACACUGGGAUCGCGUGGAAGGGGUCAUCGCGUCGGUGGACAAGGAGCGGGAGUCGCCCCCCAACAGCGGCGGGCCGUCCACGCCGGUGGAGAAGUAACGCCGCUCGCGCCGGACGACGGCGGCGCGGCAGGAUGUGCCGCCGGCGACGGCGGCGGCAGUCGGCGGCGGCAGUCGACUUGGGUCCGGGAGUUUUCGUUUUCGACCGUCUGUCCGCCUCCUGUCGCCGGCACGGGGUGGAAGAGGGCGGGGCGGUGGAGGCGGGGGGGGCGCGCGGCUGCCCGCCUCUGCUCUGUGCCACGUCUCACCAGCGUUUUAUUUUUCCCCCGAGCGAGUCGCCCGCUCACUCGGGGCCGUGGAUUCGCAGCCGUGCGCGAACGGGAGUGAUGGCCCGGUGGACUCGGCUCAAGGGAGCGGCGCGUCGUUGCAUCGCUGCGUUGCAUCGCUGCGCUGUUGUUGGCGCUGUUGUUGGCGCGUGCAAGCCCGCGGCCUUUUCGUUGUCGUCGUGAGCGGAACUUUGGUCUGUGAGGGGGGCCCCCCCCCUCCCGAGAGAAACGAAGAAGAGGGCGGCGCUUCCAAGCAUCGUCGUAAGAGUGGCGACGCCGCGACGGGCGCUGCUCGUCCGCCCGUCCGCCGGGCGACUGCGUGGCCGCACGUUCUCCGCGUGUUGAUUUUUCUCUUCGUCAAGUUCGCGGAUUAAAGCGAACCUUUUAUUCUUAGGAGACCAAAAUGAGUGAGGCUUUUGUGGCGUCAGGCUCGGCGGUGUAGAGGCGUUUGCGUUCGCGAGUGUGUGAGUUUCUAGAACAAGCUAAAAAAAGCAAGCAAUUUAGAAUUGGGCGAUUUUUUUUUGUUUGUUAUUUAAUUUAAAAACAACUAUAAUUUACAGUUGUCCUCUCGAAGGUUUGCAGAAAAAAAUUACAUUUCGUCUAAAGAGUAGACUUGUUCAAGGGUAUGUACAACAACCCCCCCCCCUCCUCCCACACUCCUCGCCGGUGAUAAGUUUACUGACGUAGCGUGCUAGUCUUCUCGUUCGGUCGGACGACAACCCUAACCCUAGCACCUGUAGAGCAGUAACAACUCUUGUAGAUCGUCGACAGGAGAUGUGCGCAGUAUUUAUUGAAUCUUCCCGAGGGGAGGGGAGGGGGGCGUCUAACCCCCUUUCUCAUUUGCCGCGUGUUGGAUGAUUGUGCACAUCUACCACCGUCUUCGGCAGAUCCUCUGCGGUAGCGUAGACCCGAGCGGCAGCGAUUUCCUAACCGCCGAGGGUUUGAGUUCGUUGUUUUUGGAAGUGGUUGUACAAAAAGUAGAAGCAAACUAACCCUAACGUUGUGUAUGCACAUUACACGCUAAACUUGUGUCUUUUUUAUUUUAUUAAAGAAGCACAACCAGCCUUAAAUAAAAAAAAGCAAUAUUGUAUAGUUCUGUAAAGGCUGAUGUGUGAACUGUAAUGAACUAAGUUAACACGAAGUGGCAAGGUAUGUUACGGUGCAGUGCGAUGGUGAAUUGGAUUGCCCUGUCAGUUCUCUUUUCCCUUCCUGUUGGGGGAUGUUUAUUUUCUCUUUAUACUGUAAACGAAGUUGUGUCUUUUACCGAUGCAAUAUUUUUCGAUAUGCGUCUCUCCCCGUGUUUGUUGUUGUUGUUGUGGUGUUCCCUGUGGGGGGGUGGGGUUGGAGAAGUGUAAGUUUGUUGUUGUUGUUGUUUUGGAAUAAAUUAAUAACCCGUCGA